CUCGCAUCCCUCCCCUCCCCCCUCUGGUCAGUCCUGCUCACAUGAACAUUGGGUUCACGACGCGAAAUGUCCCCAGCGAAAUCUCGCCACGGGAAAUUGAAUUCGGGAUCUGCCUCUGCCGUUCGCUCACGCUGCUCACGUGCACCCCCUCGUUUACGCGCCGCUCACUACGUCACGUUUUAACUCCUCGUUUCGGAUCCGUCAGCCCCUCAACUGUACACAACUCCAAUACUCCCUCCGAUCCCACUCUUCCUCACAAACGCGAUCCGGCGGAGUUUCCGCCGCCUAUCCCGCCAAGAACCAAGAUGGGAACCUGCGCACACCGCCGCGCCCGGUGAGCUAUGCGCGUUUCGUCGCUUCCACCACUGCUUUUCGCGCUGGCGAGUUCCCUGGGCGUGCGACGCGGCGGCACGUCGGUGUACGGGGGAGCAGCACCUACCGCAGCUGCUACCGCAACACCUAUCGCGGCACCCACCGCAGCAGUGAGCGCAGCAGCGACCGCAGGAGGUGCAAUCUUGAGAAACAUCAUAUCUGCUGCUGGGGGCGGUUGCCACUCUCCGAUGAUCAUGAUCGCCAUGGCGUGCACUCGGCGCGCGAUUCGCUCCUGCCCGUCGCUUUCCACCGCGUCGCACUGACCACGACUGCCACUGCUUCCUCCGCCCUCCGCGCUUCCGCCUCUCUCCUCCGCUUCCGCCCCCUCUGCGUCCCCCUCUCCCGGGCUCGCUCCCUCCCGGAGCCUCCCGUUUCUUCUCUCCCCUCGUCGAUCCGGUACCCCCCCGCGCGGGCUCUGCCCGUCGAUCCGCGCGCGCUGUCCGCCGGUCUCCUCUCUCUGACUGCAACCGGCGGGGCAGCGGCGGGCGGCACAUGGGUCGAGCUGAGUUGCUCCGCGCGAUCGUGUCGCAGCGGCACGGAUGCUCUGGAUGCCAUGACCGGUGCCCGCCAACCUAAUAAUUCCCCCGCUUACGCUUCCGCUUCCGCGUCUGCUUCCGCGGCCGCUUCCGCGCCGGUUUCCGCUUUCCCCAGCGCUGCUGCUAGUAAAGUCCCAAAAUCCUCCGCCACGGGGCCCCCCGCUUCCGCUUCUGCCCCCCCGGCCUUCGACCCCGCCGCGGCCCCCCGCGCCCCGGCUCUCGCUCUUGCGCCCGCUCCCGCACCCGCGCCGGCGUCGUCCGCGCUCCCUGGAAGCUCUCCCUCCGCCGCCGCCGCUUCCGCCGGUGGCGUGCCGACUUCCGCGGCGUCGCCUGCCGCGUUGGCAGCGCUGGUGGCGCGGAGAGAGAAGCUGGAGGAGCAGGUGGCGAAUGCGGAAAGACAGCUGUUCGAUCUAGAGACCACUUACCUGCACGACUCGUCCCAAACCGGCAGUGUCCUUAGAGGCUUCGACUCCCUCCUUGCUGCUCCUAGAGCCGCCAGCAGCAGCAUGAAGCGUCCGAGAAAGUUCCUGGCGGAGGAUCGCCUCUUCUCACUCUCGUCCUGCACAUCAUCUGCUGCGGAGGACCAAGCCGCAGGGAGAGAUACAGAUGGGAGGCCCGAGUACCCUGCGCUGGUCUCGUCUCGCUCCAGGUCCAGUGGCACGCCUGGCAACGGCCCAACGCCGAGGAGAGGGCGGGGGGCAGCACAGCGGGAGGGCAAGAGGCUGAGGCAGCAGGUGGAGCAGGAGGAGGAGGAGGAGGAGUGUGUGCUGUGACUGCUGUGGUUGCUGUGGCUGCUGUGGUGGUGGCAAUGUCAUGCCAUGCUGUGCCUUGCUGCUCUGUGGUCUCUAUUUGUGCUGCUGCUGCGACUGUGCAUUGGGACUCGUGAAUCUGCCAUUCCAUGCCAGGUCAUGCCAUGGUGUGUCGUGCGAUGUGCAGGACGUAUGCCAUGGUGCAUGUGCCGGGAGCUCAUAUUUGUCACUCACGUGCAGCACAGGCCAGUGCCUUGCCAGGGGGGACGAAGGGGGAGCAGAAGGCAGCAUGGAGGAGGGUUAGCAGCUGGAGAGCUCAGCAGGCAGGCAGGUACAGCAGCCAAGCUAGCAGAGAGGGGUGCAGUGGCACUGCAUCUGAAGGCCGAGGACACGGUAUCGACCAGGGUAGGGUUGGCACAACAGGGCCUUGGGUGGGGAGAGCAGGGCCGGCACAGGGACUCAGCAAAGCGGUUGGCACUAGACGGUGUGCAUGGCAUGCCAGGCGACGAAGGGAACGGGGAGGGGGAAGAGGAAUGGAAUAGGGAGGGGAGACUGAGGGGCCAGGUCGCAGGCGAGAGCAGGCUGUAUGAUGGGCUCUAGUGGAUGGGAGCAAGUCACGGAUGAGGGGAGGGCUCGCAUGAUGGUGGUGGCUUGGGCGUGGUGGGAAGGGUGGGGGAGAGGAAGUGGGAAGGAGCAUCAGAUGGUUGGUUGGCGGCUACUCGGAGGAGUGUGGAAGAGUCCCCCGCGCCUCCCCUGUCUCCCCCGUGACUGGUUGUGGGAAGCAGGAUGCACAGCUGAAACUCCUGGAUGGAACUGGCAUGGGCAAACGCGGAGGCAGAUGGGCAGGGUGAUAUGGGUACUGUAGGCAGCUAGGUGCGACACACUAACCCCCUAGACGUGAUUUGGAAUGAAAUGUACUCUAGUGUUACAUUUGUCACUGGUGAAAAUAUAUUCAAGGGUCUAGCAUUUAGGAGCACUCCUAGGG